AUGUUCCCAUAUCAAUUAGUCUAUGACAAAGCCUGUCACUUGCCAGUGGAGUUGGAGCACAGAACUUAUUGGGCUACUAAGUUCCUAAACUUUGAUGCAAAAGUUGUAGGAGAGAAGAGGCUCCUCCAACUCAGUGAGCUUGAUGAAUUUCGAACAACAGCUUAUGAAAAUGCCAAGCUCUACAAGGAGAAAACAAAGGUGUUGCAUGAUAAGAAAAUAGCCACCAAAAAAUUUGAGCCAGGCCAGAAAGUCCUUCUUUUUAAUUUAAGGCUCAAGAUAUUUUUCGAAAAGUUGAAAUCCCAGUGGUCUGGAUCAUUUUUGGUAAAUAAAGUGUCUCCCUACGGUUAUGUGGAAAUCAAGGAAGAGGAUUUCGACAAGAGGUUCACUGUUAAUGGCCAGCGGUUGAAGUCUUAUCUUGGUGGCGAAGUUGAUCGCCAGAGGAUUACUCAUCUGCUGACAUAG